AUGGUGGUGAUCGCGGCGGAAGCACGGCGCUGCGGACUGGAGGCCCUGUGUGGGGCUGGGGUUGACGUGACUGACGACGCCGUGGCUGACCUGAUAGUCCGACUGGCGAUGGGGGGCCCCUUGCUGGGGGCGACGGACAUGCACCAGGUGCUGUGGUCCUUCGUGGAGGCAGGUGUCAAGAGCACCCAAGCGGAGGCCAUAAUGAGGCGCGUGACGGGGGACGAGAACGGCUGGCCGAGGCUGGCCAACAAGAUCUGGGCCCAUGCCAUCGGCGAAGAGGAGGACGUGACCGGGGUCGACUGGAUGAUGCACUGCGAGCUAAGGCUACUGGCAGCCAGUGCGGCGACCGUGGCCUUGGCAGACGCGGGACGGACCCGCGUGUGGGGAGGCCUUUCUUUCCUGGCGGGCUGCGUGUUGCUGGUGCGGACGCUGCCUCGACGCUGUGCUGUGUGGUGGUCCAAGUGGCGACGACGACGGGCCUAUGCUGGUGCCUGCGACAGCGGCGGCGCUGGCUUGGUCGGAGGGCCGUGGGGGGCCGCCGAGAAGCUGGGUGCGUUAGGGGCGAGCCAGGUGGUGGAGGGCCCCUUCAGCCGGAAGGCCGCGGCCCAGAUGGCCCCUCCAGGAGCGGGGGGAUUGGCCGCCCCUGGUGCCGUUGGGGUCGGGGCCGGGUCCAGUGGGCCGCGCGCGCCCUUCGCGCCGGGGGGCGCAGUGAAGCUGGGCAUGCAGGCUAAUUCCGUGGUGCGAGCUACGCCGACGGAGCUGCAGUCUCGGUCGUCCACCGACGUGUGCUGGGCCUGGUAUUUCUGGGAGAGGAUCAACGCGGUGGGCUGCUCCGAGGUCUUGCGCCCCGACCUCCGCCGCCUGCUGCAGUGCCGCGGCUACGUGGGGGCUGGCGCCACGAGCCUGCCAGGUACCUCGCUGCCGCAGGAGCUGGAUGGAGAACCUGCUGGCCUGCCCGACGCCCGGCCACGGCAGCCGCCGCUCAGCAGGGGGAUGCGGACCGACCUGUGGGCAGCGGCUACGAAUUUUGACUACCUGCUAGGGGCCUGCCGCUUGCAGACUGAGGUGCUCGCCUGCGCUUGCGACAGCUACGUCUACGAGAUGUGGAAGAAGGACGAGGUGGGCGCGGCGGCCAUGAUGGCCGUGCGACCGCCCGGGUCGUCAGCUGACCUGGCGCCGACGCGGCCUGUGACGGGGGCCGCGGCGUGCAGCAGGGCCCGGCACCUGCUGGGCGAGCGCAUGGCCGCUUCGGGGAAGUUCGCGCAGCAGCGCGCGUUGCAGGACGCGGCGAGGUUCGAGCGCGACUGCUGGGGGCUUGCUCCGACGGGCGGCCAACCGGCGGACGACCGAGUGGUUGGCCUGCUGGAGGCGCUGCCGGGGGGCGAGCGGGCCUUGUGCAGUGAGGAGAAGAACGCGCUGGACUACAGCGGGAAGUCGGGCGCGAUCUUCGAGGAACUGGAGGCGCGCUCCGCGUUCGCGGGCGGGUCGACCGACGCGCGCGAGGUACCUGCUGGGCGACGACCUCCCGAAGGACAUGUGGACCUUCGAGGCGACCGAGCUCGCGCGGGCCCACUGCGGGUUCAGCGUGGUGCCGAAGAAUUAGCGAUGUGUGCGAACAGCUACGUCUGGGCCGACCCCCGCGUCAGAGGGCGCCGCGGGGUGCGCGGCGAAGCGGCGUUGGCCUCGAUGUGCGCGCCGACGUACGCGUGGGGCGUGGCGGCCUUCGAGGGGGACAAUGCCCUCGCGCGGCUGCGGGCCCCAGCCUGGGUGGCGCGGUGGCAGGCGUGUCCGCCCAUGCGAGCCCGCUGGGUCUGGGAGAAGCAGAGCAGGCGACUCCAGGAACAGUUGGGGCCCGCAGGUUGGGUGGCACCUUGUUGCCGCCGCCUGGCCAUGGGCGGCUCGCGUUCGGCGCGCCUGCUCAUGGCGGUCAACGCGGCGGUGAUCGGCAGAGCGCUGCUGGGCGCGGGGGCGCCGCUCGCGGCACUUGGGGGGGCUCGAGCGGAGAGGUGCGGAGGCCCCGCGGUGGCGCCGUCGCAGCCACCCUUGCUUCCUGCGGGGGCUCUGCCACGCGUGGACUCGCGGUGGCUGGCCGCGAGGCGCACCGGCGUCCCGGAGCCCCCCGGGCCGCCGCAGAGCGUGUUGGGCAGCUUCCCGGACCCUGCAACCAUCGAGGGGCAGCAGGUGGCGUACUUGCGCGACCUCGACGCACAGGUCCAGCAGCAGGAGGCGCUGCUGGCGCACCGGCAUGCGGCGGCCCUGGAGUUCCUGCGCGCCCGUUGCGAGCAGCAGAAGAAACACCUCUGUUGCACCAUCGAGCAGGAAGUGCAGAUGCUCGAACUGCAGGCGAACGCCCGCUGCAGCGAGCUGCGAAACCGGCUGGCGCAGGAGGCGACGCGCAGAAACCUGGAGCUCGAGAAGCAGGCGCACGCCCUGGAGCUCGAGUGCCGCACCAGAAGAGUGCAGCAAGAGCUCACGCAGGAGGACGUUGCGGUGCGCAGACGGUACUUCGAGACCACCAGCCCAGAGGCUACGACUGGUGUGCUGGCUCAUUCCAGCGGUGGCCAACAGUGGUUCGGCCUGUCGUCCCCACUUGGCGCUGAUGGGUCGGCCCAGACAUUGCACGUCGUCGUGCACGGCGCAUACGGGCUCGGGGUGCCCCCGGGGGCCCCGAGGGACGCUCCAGCCGACACGUACGCGACCACCAAGGUGGGCCAGCACCGGCAGCGCACUGGGCCCGCCUUUGUGAUGGCCGACCCCAGCUCGCCCAUCUGGGAGCGAGACAACAACUUCGUGUUCCGGCCUGGGAGGCAUGACUUUCUGCUGGAGCUGGAGGUGGAUAAGAAGGCUGGCUUCCUCGAGGUGAAUGUUGGCCGUCUCAGUCUGGACCUGCGUGGCAUCUCCCCUGGCCAGUGGCAGCGCUUCCGCGAGCCCCUGCACGGUGGUCCCGGGGGUGAGUUGGAGUUCGACGUUUGCCUGCUGCGUCCGUCGGACCAGGACCACGCACCAGAGCGGCCAGUAUCAGUGCACGAGCAGCCGCUGACUUCCGCGCAUCAUUCGCCAAUGGCACCCAUGGACCACCCCGCGAUUGGGCAGCAGCCAUCCUCGGCAAGCGGGCCGCAACCUGGUGCGACCCUGCAGGUCAUUGUGCACGGGGCUCGCAACCUGCUCAACAGAGACACCGGGAUAUUCGGCGACUAUUCGGACCCUUACGUCGUGUGCCAGGUCGGCAAGAAUAAGCACCAGACACCGACGGUAGACAAUAAUCUGAAUCCAUCUUGGUCCACAGACAACCAGUUUAAUUUUCAGCUGGGGAAGAAAGACAAGACGCUGGAGCUCCAGGUGUUCAAUUCUAACACUAUGAGGGCAGACCAGAGCCUAGGCACCACAAGCGUGGACCUCCUGACGCUGAGGCCCGGAGAGACAAGGCGGCUGUACCAGCCGCUUCUGGACGUGGGCCAAGGUGAGCUUGAGUUCAGCGUCUGCUUGCGCCCUGGGCAGUCCCCUGGGGGCGCAGCAGCGGUCGGCCACCUCCCCACUGGUGGCCCCCCCCUCACCGCCGCUGCAGCGGGCUGCGGCAACCUGGCGCCGUCUCCGAGUGGCUGCGGCUUGCAAGUCCCGCCGACGAGCUAUCCCGCUCCUGGCGGCUGUGGUUCGCAAGCCCCGCCGACGAGCUAUGACGGCGGCAGUGGCAUGUGCGGCCACAGCGGCGCGCACUUCGCCGAGAUGCAGGGCGACGUGCACGGGGGGGCGGUGCCAUACGAGACCGUACCGCCCGGGACGUUGCUGCCCGGGGCAGCGCCGCCUAGCGGCAUGAAGCCGCCCGGGUCGAUGCAGCAGCCUGGAACGAUGCAGUCACCCGAAAUGAUGCUGCCAGCAGGGGUAUCACAUCAGUCUGGGGCAGUCCAGCAAGACAGCGAUGGAUCGCUGGGCGGCGCGAAUCUCCACGUUGUAGUAUACAGAGCGAGCAAUUUGCUGAACAGGGACACCGGCUUGAUGGGCGACUACUCCGACCCCUAUGUGAAUUGCAAGGUCGGUAAGACCACGCACAGGACGCCGACCAUCAACGAUAAUCUGAACCCCGAGUGGCCCCACGACAAUCCGUUCACGUUUUCAAUAGGGAAAAAAGACAAGCAACUAGAUAUCGAGGUCAUGAACGAGAACAACGUGCUCCGUGGGGACAACAGCCUCGGCACCACGUCCAUCCCCCUGAAGACGAUCCGGCCCAUGGAGUGGCAGCACAUCCGCGAGAAGCUUAAGAACGGGGGUGAGGGCGAGGUUGAGUUCGCAGUGUACCUGGAGCCAGCCCAGCUGCCUCCAGGCGCCUAUACUGGCGGUGGCGGGGUGACAACCAGCACGCAGCUACCGUUGGACUCCAUGCCGGCUCAGUCGGCUGGGAGCUCCCAGGGACAGCCCCCCUACGCUAGCUCGCGACAUGCCCAACAGACCGCCACGCGUCGCGAUGUGGGGGCCAGAUGGGCCAGCAAUAUGCGGGCUCCUACGCCGCCCACCGACUGUCAAUGCUUACCCAGGCCAGUCAAUGCACGACUCGUCCUGGCCACCCGCUGGGAGCUAGAAGCAAGGGCCUUCGGCGAUGAGCAGCUCGUACCCUGCGCAGCCGACGGGCAGCGCUCGCCCCGCGCAGAGGCUGGGCAGCGCGCCGCCAGCCAUGCGAGGGCCAAAGGAGCGGGCAUCAGGAACCCGCGUGCGGCGAGUGCGUGGAUGGCUCGUACUCCUCCGGUGGCAGUUGCCACGAGUGCAGUCCAUGUGAGGCCUCCGCGCGCGAGGCUCGCGCCGGCUGCCGCGCCGGCUGCCGCGCCGGCUGCCGCGCGGGCUGCCGCGCGGCGCCGCGCCUCUGCGCAGUGGCCGCGCGCUCUCCACGCCGCUGCCCUGGCAGGGCCCACUUUGAUCCGAUCGAUCGGAUGCGAUCUCGAUGCCCCGCCGAUGCGAUGCGGCCCGGCGCUCACACGGCUGUGUUGUGCAUCCUUGUGUAGCCGAUUUGUGAAACUACUUACGCCUGGAGGGCCGAUGGGAUAG